AUGGGGCCUGGGCGCGGCGCCUCCUCGGCUGCGGCAGAGCGGCAGAGAAAGCUCCAGGAGUACCUAGCAGCCAAGGGAAAACUGAAGCCCGAGAACACCAAGCCUUACCUAAAAGCCAAGAAUAAUAUCCCAAAUCCACCAGCUUCCAAAUCAGCUGUUAGACCGGGAAAGAAUGUUACCAGCCACGUUGCUUUGCCUGUGAAAACCUCAAAGCCCAUCAGCAUUAAAGUACAACCCAGACCAGACAAUAUCACAAGAUCUCAGAAGCCAAAGUUGGAGCCACCCAAACAACCGGGCAAAAGACCAAUAUCAGGAUGUAUUUCUUCCAACCCAACCUGUAAGCCUUCCAGCAAGAAUCAGCAGCAACAUGAAGCUAGACCAUUUACUACAGGAAAGCUAACUAGAAAACCGGAGGGAUCCCUUAAUAUACAGCAAUUAGAAACUACAGAGCAACCAGUUACAGAUCAAGGGCAUGCUAAAUGUGCAGACUCCACAGACAACACCCAUGUUGAGCAGGAGUCUUCAGAUAACUUUUUGAAGGAGAGGAACAAAGAGAACUUACCACAAACUUUACCAGAAUCUCAGAGAAAGCCAGCUCCUGAGUUAUGUAUUGUAAGUAAGGCAAAAACUGGCUUGUAUAAUCAACCCAAGAGCAGUUAUGCUCAUAGAAAGGCCUUGAGCUCCAGUUCAGUGACUCGCACUGUUCUGAAAGACAGAGCUAACAAACAGUUUGGAGGGACACAAACCAAGAUUAUUCCAGUGAAGUCACAGCAGCUCCCCAGGGGAGAUCUUGUAAGGCCAGGAGGAAAAUUCCCAAGGACAAUUCCCUCUCACUCUGUAGCAAUCCAAGCAUCCGGGAAGCCAGAGGUCAAGGAUACCAAAGUUUACAGGAGUAACCCUGAAAGACCAACUAAAGCUAAGUUACAAUCAUGCUGUGUUACUGAACAGAAAGCAAAACCUAUGAAACCCAGAACAUACCCCAGUUUGGUUCAGGGAGGACUUAACAACAGACAUCCAAACAUCAAACAAGAUCAGACAUCCACACAAUCUGGUAUUAGACCGCAGACAUCAUGUAUACUGCCAAAAACAAAAACCGUCAACCAGAAGCCUGGUCUGACCAUUCGCAGCUUAAGUUCGAUUGUUCCAAGCACCCCCAGCUUGAGAGCAAAUAGAGCCAACAGCAACAGCGUUCAACAGAAAGCACAGACUUUGGACUCCAAGUUGAAAAGGACUCUUCCCCUCAAUGCUUUCCUGAGCAAGACAGCUCCCAAACCUCCCACCGCGAUCACAACCGCAAAUAGGAACAGAGAUGGAACUGGGGCCCAGACCAACCCCAAUAUUAAAAUGAAGACGACAGCAGAGGAUCGAAGAAAACAACUGGAAGAAUGGCAGAAGUCCAAGGGAAAGGUCUAUAAGCGACCUCCUAUGGAAAUCAAAGCAAAAAGAAAAGUAAUAGAGGAAAUGAACAUUUCUUUCUGGAAGAGCAUUGAAAAAGAAGAGGAAGAAAAGAAAGCUCAACUGGAGCUGUCUAGUAAGAUUAACAAAACUCUGACGGAAUGCCUGCAGCUCAUUGAAGAGGGAAUGAUGUCUGAUGAAAUACUCGAUGUAAUGUCUAGCAUUCCUGAGGCUGAAAAAUUUGCUAAAUUCUGGAUCUGCAAAGCUAAGCUGUUGGCAAGUAAAGGUCCUUUUGAUGUGAUUGGGUUAUACGAAGAGGCCAUUAAAAGUGGGGCAACACCUAUACAAGACCUGCGAAAAGUCGUUCUUAAUAUUUUGCAAGACUCAAAAAGAACUACAGAAGGAGUGACCUCUGACCCUUCAGGCACCGAAACUGACACAGCAUCAGUAGAAGUGCUGGCCAACACCGUGGAAUCAGGACAGGCUUGUCUUUCUCCUUCUCCCAAGGAGAGAGAGCAGCUUGCAGCAACACCCCACAUCUCCAUAGCCGAACAGGAUAGUCAUUCUGGGAUCAAGUUACAGGUUGCCCCAAUUCCCAGGGUGAGUGGAAUGGUGGAAGUACAAAAUAUGAAGCUCAUCACCCCCGUGCGACGCUCAGCCAGGAUCGAGCGAGCAGUGUCCCGCUACCCGGAGAUGCUGCAGGACCACGACUUGGUGGUGGCGUCUCUUGACGAGCUCUUGGAAGUGGAAGAAACCGAGUACUUUGUAUUCCGUAAAAAUGAGGCCUUGCCUGUAACAUUAGGGUUUCCAGUUCUUGAAUCGUAAUUCCUGCAUGAGUCAAGAAAAAGUCCUCAUCCAGGUGCCCUGGAAAAGAAUGUGUCCCGGAGAGGCACAGUGGAUGCAGCGACAGACCCUGGGGACGUUGGAAGUCACUCACUAGGCUGCUUCGUAAAUCCUACGUCCCUACAGCGACGCUUGGGUUUGUGAGUUUAAGUCUAGUUUGCCACAGAUUUACAAGUUCAAACUAUUGCCCUGCAAAUGUGGUUAAAAAUAUGCCCAUUCCUGUGCCACUUUAAUUGCCAGCUAGUUGACAUUUCAUGCAGAAAGCUGGUGCCACAGCACAGUGCACUGUCCGAGCAUCCACCUUCCUGGGAGAAGGCCCUUAACGCUUGGGAGAGCUGAGCACCAAGUAGCCUGCAGGUGCAUGAGCAAGGCAGCAGCCUGGCAGGGCCUCACUGUGCAGAUACAGAUGCUCCUGCGCACACAGGACAAUCACAGGGAUCCUGACUCCCGUCACAAUGUCCCUUAGACAAAGGCUAGUCCCUGUCCCUCCCUUCCAUGACUCAAAUCUGGCACAGUCCUAAGUUGGGGUGGUCCCCCUGGUUUUAUAUCCAAAUCUGAUUUUGCACGCAUUCUUCAGGUCAAAAUAGAAGGCAGGAGAGAGCAGUGGGGAAGGGCCUCAGCUUCACCUCCAUGCUUUGCCACGGGACAGCGGCCCUGAGGGCAGUGUGAGCCUCCAGAGACUGCUGGAGGGCACUUUCUCUUCCUAGCAAACGCCCUGGGAAAGGUCCAACCCGAGUCAUUAUGUAAAUAGAAAAACAUCAGCAGC